AUGGAGACCUUCACCCUCGGCACGGGCGCCUCCAUCUACACGCAGAAGCUGCUACCAGCCAUCUUGCUGGCCCAGCAUGAGAUCAUCCUGGUGACAUGCUUUUGGGCCCCUUCCAAGACGCUGACGGCACUGUCCAACGCGCUCGAGCAGCUCGCCCGCCACCGCGAGGCCCAGCAGCCUGCACGACCAUUGCGCGUGCGCAUCUGCUUCUCCUCACGCUCCAUCCUCCAGAAGCUCUCCCACACAUCCUCAGCUGAUGGAUAUGUCUACCCCAGCUCGGCCUGGAGCAGCAAGCUGGGACUGCCAGCUCCCGAAGUCCUGGCCGCGGGAAACGUGGAUCUCGAGGUGAAGAGUCUCUUCUUCCUGCCCUUCAGCGUCAUGCACCCCAAGUUCCUGGUCGUGGACCGCCGGCGUGCAUUCGUGCCAAGCUGCAAUGUGAGCUGGGAGGCCUGGCUCGAGGGCUGCCUGGAGAUGUCGAGGAGGACGGAGCGUGACGACCCGGUCGACGGCCUGCUGGAGUUCUACCGCACCGUCUGGGACAGGGAGCUCGACCUGGGCGCAUCUCUGCCGUCAUUGGCCGAGCAAGGUGCCGGACGACCACCCGCCUCCAGCGGCCACGCGGAGGAAGCAGUCAAGUCUCCGGCUGAUACCACAGCUAGUCUCGUGGGCGUCGAAGUGCCAGCUGCCGCCGUCGAGUGGCUCCCCGGUUGGCACCACCGCAACCCCUCCUUCUGCUUCUUGCCCUGGAAGCUCUCAGCGGCACCGGAUACUCCUCUCAAUACCACAGUUCUGAGGUUAUUUGACGAAGCGAGCCGGCAGAUCUAUCUUCAGACGCCGAACCUGACCUCCCCACCAGUGCUUUCCGCCAUCGAGAAGGCCCUCGCUCGCGGGGUCGACGUCACAAUUGUGACCAGUCGGCGCAUGAUGCUGCUGGAGCAAGUCCUCACAGCGGGUACGACGACCGGAUGGUGUAUCCGUGGCCUGACAAAGCGAUACCGACGACUGUGUGACAAGGCCCGAGACCAAGGACAGUUACAGCAAGGAGGCACCGACGCGAUUGACCUUGAGGCUCAGGCCAUCGCACCGGGGGCCUUGCGGAUUUCCUACUUCCGGUCAAGAGCAGACUCGAAUCCAGACGAGGAGCCCGUGCACUCGCACCUCAAGCUCAGCAUCUUUGAUGGGCAGCACACCGUGCUGGGCUCGGGCAACAUGGACCGAGCGAGCUGGUUCACAAGCCAGGAGCUCGGCGUGCUCGUCCAAAGUGCUAGCUUUGCUGCAACGGUGAAGAAGACAGUGGACGAGGUCCUUGAUGGCAGGUUGGAUUUUGUGUUUGCGGCUUCUUGA